AUGAAAACUAGGUUACGUGAACUGCAUCUGCAUGUAAACUGCAUACUGCAUCAUCGUGUUCUCAAGUUUUACCAGCGAGUCGGCGAAAUCAGAGCUUCCUCUGUCUCGAAGCUUCUCAUCACAAUGGAUGAUGGUGCAAAUGUGUUGGCAUGUACUGAUAAAUCGGAUCUUCCUCUCGCUCAAUUGUGUGAUGCGAUCAAAGAUGUUGAGAAUCAAGGGCAUUCUGACCGAUGGGGCCCUAAGCUUGCCAGAUGGACACCUUUUAACCCUGGGGAAGUACUUCUUCAAGAAAUUCUUAGAGUCUUAAAACCAGGUGGCACACUUCAUGUUUACAAGUCAUCUGAGGCUCGUCCGAGUGCAGUUGAUAAGUGCAAGUUAUCGUGGACAGGGUUUACAGAUAUACGAUCAACUCUCCCAUCAGACAGCCUAUCUGCUGGGGUCAAAGCUAAAAAGCCUUCAAAGGAAAUUGGUCCAUCUUCAACAUUAAAGAAGGAGGUGAAGAAUUCACCUAAAGUGAAAAUUGAUGCUGAUUCCGAUCUGAUAGAUGAAGAUAGUCUUUUGACCGAAGAAGAUCUAAAGAAACCCCAGCUGCCACCUGGUGAUUGUGAAAUUGGAAGUUCUAAAAAAGCAUGCAAAAAUUGCAGUUGUGGGAGGGCUGAAGAAGAGGAAAACGUAUUGAAGUUGGGAUUGACAGCAGAACAGAUUAAUAAUCCUCAAUCGGCCUGUGUUAGUUGUGGGCUAGGGGACGCUUUCAGGUGCAGUACCUGCCCUUACAAGGGACUUCCUGCCUUCAAAUUGGGCGAGAAGGUAGCAGUUUCUGGGAACUUCCUUGCUGCAGACAUAUAACGGAUAAAGUAGAAGCACACUUUGUCAUGAGAAGGGUGACAUAAAAUUUUAGAUGUGUGGGAUUGUUAUUAGUUAUGUUUAUACUAGCAGAAGUCACUUUUUCUGACUUCAAAAGGCUCAUUGAUGCCUUUUGAAGUCACUUAUGAGCCUUUUGAAGUCACUUAUGAGAGAAAGAUUCAUGUUUUCCAGCUAUUAUAGAGGGUUUAUGCCAUUGUCUAUUCUUCCUUAUCUAGUUGUUUGCUUAAAAAAUAACCUUUUCUCUCUAUGAUAAGCUUGUAAGCAAAAUGUUUUCAGUCAUGUAAUGCAUUUUACUGAUCAUUCUGUGGGGGAAAGAAGACAGUGUAUG